AUGUCGAGCAAACCAUCGCGCACAUCGCCCUCGCCAUCGUCGCCGACCACCUCAAACCAUGGCUCUAAGCUCCCCAAAUUCCUCCAGAAGCAAUCGCGCGACCGCUCCAGGUCCAUGGUCGACCCUUCUGGCAGUCCCACCCCCAGCUCUUCGUCCUCGAGCCCAAUAGUCCCCGAGACCCCAAAACACAAGAAGCCAGGCCGGCGAGGUUCGAUCUUCCGGGAUGCUGGUAGCCGACGCCAAUCUCAAGACGUCGACCUCGGUGAUGUGUCUAGGGACGUCGAGGAUAUGCCCGACGAAACCCCCGUCAUUGUCGAGCCAGUCACCAUCCCACGACCAAGAACGCGCUCAGAGCGACCAGCAUCGGACAACUACUCGUCUGUACCAUAUUACUCUCCAGGGUCUAACCCACGUCUCAGCGACCUCCCCACCCGCCUCUCUGGGUGGUUUGCCCACACCUUCAGCUCGUCCUCAACCGACCUCACUCUUCCCUCGCUCCUCUCCCAGCAACAUUUGAACGCGGCUGUCUCACCCAAGGGCAAGGGUUCUGCGCUGCUCACUGCGGCGCGGCACGGCAAGGGCCACUUGGACAAAGCCAUGCGCUAUCUGCUCGACAGCGACGCGACGCCCGAUAAGUGUCCGGACCCGAUCUGGCUGCUGGGCGUGCAGCAUCCUGGCUACGAACCCUCCCUUAAUCCCAUCCCCGACCUCCCAGAAAGUCCUGGGCGGCGCAACUCGAGCGAUUCGCGCCGGUCGCCAUCGUCUUUCCGUUCGUCUACUUCCUCUUCUCCUGUGACUCCUAGUUCCGCUCCACCAGACCCGUCCCUUUCCCAGUCUCUUCCAGCCUCGGCAGGCCCAUCCAAGGACCCGUCGAAGAAUUGGCCACCUGUCUUCUACGCCGACUUCACAUCUCGGAUAUGGCUCACCUAUCGCUCUCAGUUUUUCCCGAUUCGCGAUACCACCUUAGCUGCGCUCGACGCCGAGCUCAUGGACAAUCCUACCGGAGUUCCCAGCAGCCCGCCAACGAAGAAGUGGAAUUGGCCUCUGGGCGGGGAGAAAGGGUGGACGACCGACGCGGGAUGGGGCUGUAUGCUGCGCACGGGCCAAUCGCUCUUAGCGAACGCGCUGGUGCAUCUCCAUCUUGGCCGAGACUGGCGGCGACCUCCCCAUCCUGUGUAUACCGCCGAUUAUGCAACAUAUGUGCAAAUCGUGACAUGGUUCCUCGAUAAUCCCUCCCCCUUAUGUCCGUUCAGCGUCCACCGGAUGGCCCUUGUUGGCAAGGACCUCGGCAAGGACGUGGGACAGUGGUUCGGCCCCAGUACGGCUGCUGGUGCAAUAAAGACGCUCGUACAUGCAUUCCCUGAAGCGACCCUUGGAGUCGCAAACGCUGUCGAUGGCACGCUGUACGAGUCAGACGUCUACGCGGCGUCUCGAUCGGUGAUGUAUUCCACCCGAAGACACGGCCACGCACGCAUGGAUUGGGGCGAUCGCGCUGUUCUCGUACUCAUUGGCAUCCGCCUAGGCAUCGAGGGUGUGAACCCUCUGUACUAUAACACCAUCAAGACGUUGUAUACCUUCCCUCAAUCGGUCGGCAUCGCAGGCGGACGGCCUUCCUCCUCAUACUACUUUGUCGGCUCACAGGCUGACAAUCUCUUCUACCUUGACCCUCAUCAUGCGCGCCCUGCGGUUCCCCUACGCCCACCGCCACGCAAUGUGGAUUCGUGGGGACGACAGGGCUCGCCCGAAGCAUAUGGCUCGGAUAUGGAGCGGGAUCGAGACCGGACCUACCGGCCGCCUCACCAUGUGCGCUCGUCUACCUCUCCGUUCUCGGGGCGGACGAGCGGAAACACGUCGGCGUCAUCCUACUCAUACCGUUCGCCUACACUCUCGCCCUCGCCCCUGCAACAGCAGCUCUCGACUUCAUCCGCGUCUACCUCUCAGUCCGAGUCUUCGCAAUCGCACAUGCACGCGCGCUGGCAGUCGUCGAGCGUUCUGCCCGACGACUCCGCUGAGAUGGACUCCCGCGAGCUUGGGCUGGGCGCGGACCUUGACCCGGUCCAGCGCCACUACGUGACUGCGUACUCGCAGACGGAGCUGAAGACAUUCCACUGCGACCGCGUGAGGAAGAUGCCAUUGUCGGGACUGGAUCCUAGCAUGUUGCUCGGGUUCCUGUGCAAGGACGAGGCCGAGUGGCUGGACCUCAAGGACCGGAUAGCGGAGCUCUUCCGCAACAACAAGAGCAUCUUUUCGCUGGCGAACGAGCCGCCGCAAUACCCGUCGGACUCCGACGACAUGGGCCUCGAGUCCGUGUCGGAGCCCGACAUCGACAUGCCCGACGAUGACGAGUUCUCGCUGGGGAACUCCCCCGCAGGGAGUGUGCACGGCUCCGGCGUCGGCGGCAGCGUGAAGUCCGAAGUGGACACGGAGGACGACCCGAUCGCGCCACUGACACCGAGCGCAGGCAAGGCGUCAUUCGACAUUGACUCGGGCGCGCCAGAGCGCAUGAAGCGCGAGCCGUCGAGCCGCUCCAGCCAGGACUCGCUCAGCUUCGACGACGAGGACGACGAGGAGUGGGAGGACCCCGCAGAGUUCCCCACGCCCAUGAUGCCGUCCGAACCUGAGCCAGUGCACAUCCGCGCUACCCACAACCACACAGAGGCGCCAAUGCCGAUCGCGAAGAGCCACUCGACGAGUUCGACAACUAGUAAUUCCACGACGGCGAGCACGGAGAAGACACGGCGCAAGACGAAGAAGGGGACUUCGGCCUCGGCGAAGACCCCGCGCGCGGCGCCGCACCAGCAGGAGGUGCAGGUGCAGUACCCGUUCCCCGCGGCGUAUCCCGGGGAGGAGGCGGAGGCGCUGCCGUCCCCGCCGGAUCCGCAGGGGCAGGGGAAGCGCGUGCCGCAGAUGCGGACGGCGAAGGCGCGCGACGGUGGACGGACGCAGAGCGGGGGCGUGAAGGGGAUAUUGGUGGACGAUGCGGACGACUUCUGA